CCAAAAAAAAAAAACCCAAAAUCCAAGCUCAAAAGCUCUUCCAAAUCAAAUCUACCAGCAUCAUUUUGAUUUUUAUGAAACCAAACUUUCACUUCUACUGUCUUCCACCAUUUCUUUUGAUCAUCUCUGCUCAAUCCUUCUUUUCAUCAUCCUCAGCUGCUCAUCUGCACCUCACCUCACUUCCCUUUACACAAAUCACCUCAUCCUUCCACCAUUCUCAUUUCUCACCCUCUGUUUAAUUUGGUUCUUCUGUUACUUUCUCUCUCUUCUGUGAUCAGUUAUCAACCCUUCAUAGCACAAAUUAGCUCAUUCUUCCACCAUUCUUCUUGUAUCUAUUUGCCAAACUCAGAAAAAAAAAACAAAAACAGAAACAGAAUUAUAAGAUGGGAGUGGUUUGUUCUAUUGCUGUGAGUGCCGCGGCGAGUGCCGCUGGAAACUUGUGCAAUCUGUGCUUGAUCAAUCCAAUUUUCAAUCGAGUCACCGUUUUACGCAACUGCAACGAAAAGGUUGCGGAUCUAAAUAAUAGACUAAAGGAUCUGAAGGAUGAAAAACAACGUGUGGAGAACUAUAAAACUGAUGCUGAACGACAGGGAAAAGUGUUUGAACACUCGGCAUGGCCGGAAAAGGCAGAAAGGCUCAUCAAAGACGCAGAAGAAUUGGCGGUGGAUGGGGGAAAAAUUGCGGACAGGGAGUGUUUCUUUUCAUUGUGUCCGGAGUCCUCGUCACGUUACAAGUUCAGCAAGGAAGCAGAGCAGAAAUUGAAUGACAUUGAUCAACUUGUGCAGCAAGCCCGUGGGUUCAACCUUCCGCUUUCUCGAUUUCCUUCUCCACAACCGGAUGUGGCUGCAGAUGUAGAAGGUUUUGAGGAGUUCCACUCGAGAAAGAUUGUUGUGAACCAGAUCAUGGAGGCCCUAAGAAGUCCAACCGUCAACACGAUCGGAGUGCAUGGGACUUCUGGCGUGGGGAAGACUUUCCUUGUAAAAAUGGUUAAAGGAAAAGCCAAGCAAGAUAGCUUGUUUACUGUGGUAGUUAUGGCUACAGCGACAAAGGAUCGGGAUUUGAAAAGCAUUCAAGAAGACAUUGCACGCGACUUGGGUUUCGAUCAGCUUUCUUUCAGAGAGCAUACCGAUCGGCAAGUUGCAGAUUUAAUAAAGGCAAAGCUGAUGAAAGAGGGGAAAUUUCUUGUUAUUUUGGAUGAUGUAUGGGAUACUAAAAUAGACUUCGAGAAAUUCGGGAUCCCUUCUGCAAGUGAGCUGAAGCAGGCUAUGGAGAAAAGGAAUGAAGAACACUCAUCUGGACAAGAAGAUAUGCUCCGCAAGAUUCUACUAACCUCAAGAGAUCCGAAUGUUCUCUCUGGUAUGAUGGAUGAGAAAGAUCAGGUCUUUAAGGUACAUGAAUUAGAAGAUGAUGAAGCAUGGCUUCUAUUCAAGAAGAUUGUUGGCAGCAAAGUUGAAAGCUCUGAUUUUCAACCGAUAGCUAAAGAGAUCGUUAAGAAAUGUCUCGGGUUGCCCGUUGCUAUUGCAUCAGUUGGAAAGGCCAUGAAAGGUAAGACUCGGCAACAUGAGUGGAAAACUGCUCUUGUGGAAUUGGAAAGGCCUAAUCCAGAAGGGAUCUCUGCAGCUGUUUUUAAGCCUAUAGAGUUGUCCUACAAGUACUUACAAGGAGAUGAACUCAAGCAAACGUUCAUGCUUUGUAGCUUGCUGGGCCAUGACUCUUCAAUCAAUGACUUGUUAAAAUAUGGUAUGGGCUUGAAUUUAUUUCGGAGGGUGAAAACAGUGGAAGAGACACGAGACAAAGUACUGACACUGGUUCACAGUCUCAAAAUCUCUUCUUUGUUGGUUGAUGGUCACAGCAAUCUGCAUUUCGGUAUGCACGAUCAGAUUCGGGAGGUUGCCCUGUCAAUUGCUUCUAGGGAACAUGGUGUAUUGGCUUUAGUAGAUGAAGAUGGAGGAGAAGACUGGCCAGAAAAGGAGACAAUGAAAAUUUUGAAGUGGAUUUAUUUGUCAAAUGGCUAUCCUGAGCUCACGAGCAAUGGGUUGAACUGUCCGCAGCUCACUUUCUUUCAUUUGUCUAACAAGGGUUGUUCUCUGGCAGUUCCAACUGAUUUGUUCACUGGAACAGAUGUGCUCAAAGUCUUAUGUUUGACUAGAAUUGAUUUUCAGUCAAUGCCCUCAGAAAUUCCCCUGAUCCCAACAACGCUUCGAACAUUGCUUUUGGAUCAAUGUGUGUUUAGCGUCGAAGCCCUAGGCGCCAUUGUGGGAAAUCUGGAGAAUUUAGAAGUCCUUAGCCUUGCAGGUUGUGAUAUUGAAGAGUUGCCAAGAGAAAUGGAGAAGCUAACCAAGCUAAAGUUGUUAGAUGUGAGUGACUGCACCAAACUGAGAGUAAUUCCACGGCAAGUGUUAGCAAGAUUGUCUAAAUUGGAAGAGCUAAAAAUGGGAAACAGCUUUGACCAGUGGGAUGAUGUGGAGGGAGGAAAUGCUAGGCUUGCUGAUUUAGCAGAGUUGCGUAUGCUCACUGCUUUAGAGGUACGUAUUCCUAAUUUCCAACAAACCUUGUUCCUUGAAAAUUUGGAAAGGUUCAAGAUUUUCAUAGGGAUAGUGAGCAAGCCGCCUUUGGAGCCUUGGGAGCCUAGGGACCCUUCGGACCCUUCGGACCCUAGGUACAAUGACUCUUGGGACAGUUACUCCUGGAACAGCCCCUUUGAAAGCUCAAAAAUAAUGAAGCUAAAGCUGCAGGGUGCAAGCAUUAAAUGUAAUGACUCAGUUAAAAAGUUGUUGAAGAAGACAGAAGAACUGUAUCUAGAGGCAUUAAAUGGUGUCGAGAGUUUAGUUGAUGAGUUAGAUGAUGAAGGUUUUCAACAUCUGAAGUAUCUCCAUGUCCAAAAUGCUCCAGACUUUCGACACAUCUUUAACUCAGCAGGGAGGUUGCUUCCUUCCCAUGUAUUUCCCAUGUUGGAGGUAUUGACUCUUUUCAAUUUGGAAAAAAUGGAGAAGAUAUGUCGUGGUCUGACUGGAGCAGAACCUUUUAAAGAAUUAAGAAAGGUAACCGUUGUUGGUUGUGAUCAAUUGAAGAAUCUGUUCUCCUUCUCCAUGGCCAGACAGCUUCAACUUCGAGAAAUAAGAGUAGAAGAUUGCGAGAACAUUGCAGAGAUUAUUGAUGACGUGGAGGAGCAAGGCAACGGAAACGAUAUCGUUGAAGAAAGUGAAGUAUGUAAGCUUGGCAACAAUCUGCGGUCCUUAACAUUAGGAUGGCUACCAGGACUGAUUAGCUUCUUCAACGGUGGUAAUUGCAGCGGCUUCUCACUUUUCAACGAUAAGGUUGUGUUUUCAAAUUUAGAGGAAUUGGACUUCCUUGCAGGUUGUGAUAUUGAAGAGUUGCCAAGAGAAAUGGAGAAGCUAACCAAGCUGAAGUUGUUAGAUUUGAGUGACUGCACCAAACUGAAAGUAAUUCCACGACAAGUCCUAGCAAGAUUGUCUAAAUUGGAAGAGCUAAAAAUGGGAAACAGCUUUGACCAAUGGGAUGAUGUGGAGGGAAGAAAUGCUGGGCUUGCUGAGUUAACAGAGUUGCAUAUGCUCACUGCUUUAGAGGUACGUAUUCCUAAUUUCCGAGAAAUUUUGUUUCCUGAAAAUUUGGAAAGGUUCAAGAUUUUCAUAGGAAUAGCGAGCAGGAGGGAGUCUGGGGGGGAUUACCGUUGGGACAGUUACUAUUGGGACAGUUACUCCUGGAACAGCUCUUUUGAAAGCUCAAAAGUAAUGAAGCUAAAGCUGCAGGGUGCAAGCAUUGAAUCUAAUGACUCUGUUAAAAAGUUGCUGAAGAAGACAGAAGAACUGUAUCUAGAGGGUGUCCAGGGUUUAGUUGAUGAGUUAGAUGAUGAAGGUUUUCAACAUCUGAAGUGUCUCCAUGUCCAAAAUGCUCCAGACAUUCGAGGCAUCUUUAACCCGGCAAGGAGGUUGCUUCAUUCCCAGGUAUUUCCCAUGUUGGAGGUAUUGACCCUUUCCAAUUUGCAAAAAAUGGAGAAGAUAUGUCAUGGUCUGACUGGAGCAGCACCUUUUAAAGUAUUAAGCAAGAUAACCGUUGUUUAUUGUCAUCAAUUGAAGAAUCUGUUCUCCUUCUCCAUGGCCAGACAGCUUCAACUUCAAGAAAUAACAGUAGAACAUUGCGACAACAUUGCAGAGAUUAUUGAUGACGUGGAGGAGCAAGGCAACGGAAACGAUAUCGUUGAAGAAAGUGAAGGAUGUAAGCUUGGCAACAAUCUGCGGUCCUUAACAUUAACAAGGCUACCAGAACUUAUUAGCUUCUUCAACAGUGGUAAUUGCAGCGGCAUCUCACUUUUCAACGAUAAGGUAUUUCAUUCAUUUCUUUUAUUUUAUUUCAUUUUUUGUUUCUUUGCGGAAGGGUAAUUAGAAAAUAUAAAAAGUUAAUCUUACUGUUCCUUUUUUCUUAGGGAGAUCAACUGGGUUUCAAGUUUGGGCUAGGUUCAAUAGCAAUCCAAUAGUUUGUGUUUUACAUUUUUACAAAAUUUUUAAAGAGUUACUUUAAAUUAUUUUAAAAAGUACAGAUGGUUAGACAUGUUUGAAAGAAAAAUAUAUUACUCAU